AUGGUGUUUUCCAAAUUUGGGGUAAACAAGAGGGCGUUCGUAUUCCCGAGUCAUCAGAAAAGCCGAAAAAAGAGUGUCUCCUUUCAGAAGGGAAAUCCGGUUCCAGAACAGCAUUCAAACAAGAACUUCCUGUCAGGUGAAAGCGGGGCCUCGUCAUGGGAGGAAGACGAAAGGGAUAAUUUUCCGGAAUUACCAGGGGCAGCCAAUUCGGAAGCUUUUCGAAAAACCUAUCCUGAAUCAAAUGGACAUUAUGUCAAUACGAGGAAAAGGGGUUGGACCAACUCAGAACGCCACAGAGACUCGGGCGAUGGACACUAUAAGAAAGUUUCUGAUAAACCACUGAAGAUUCCAGAUAUAACAUAUUGGCGACGAGAGUGGGAUGCCUCAGAGUCUGCUGAGAGUGAAAACGGCGGGGUGCAGUUAAUGUCGGACGACGAAGAGACUGGGGCUGCCGGAGUUAUGUCUGUUUCCAUGUUAGGGUCGCUGCGAGCCAUAUUGCUGAGCUCGGUGGGCAGCAAGACGUACAGUCUGAUGAGGAACUUAUUGAGUCCUGAUAAACCGGGGGAUAAAUCGUUCACGGAGUUGACGAGCUUGCUUCAGUCACAUUAUAACCCGAAGCCGAGUGAGAUAGUCCAAAGGUUCAAGUUAAAUUCAAGGACUAGAAUGGCCAUUGAAACGGUAACGGAGUAUGUUGCAGUGCUGAGGGAGCUGGCGCAACACUGUAAUUAUGGUGACAGACUGACAGAAAUGCUACGUGAUAGGCUCGUAUGUGGCAUUGCAGAUGACCGCAUACAACGCAGAUUGUUAGCGGAGCCUGAGUUGUCGUUUGAAAAGGCCUUGAAGCUGGCACAGGCCAUCGAGACAGCGAAUAAAGACAUUCGUGAUUUACAACCAAGAACAAUCGAGGGGGUUGGGAGCAGGAGUGCUACCCCACUGCCAGUGCAUAAAGUGGUAAUGGAGCAUAAACCACAAGGGAAGUCUGGUCAGUAUGCCUGUUACAGGUGUGGCGGUGAACAUCUGUCACGGAACUGUCGUUUCUUAAAUGAAAAAUGUAAUGCUUGCGGAAAAAAAGGCCAUGUGAAGAAAAUGUGCAGGUCAACGCCCUCUAGGGACCAGCAGAGAAAGGGGGAGGAAAAGAGCAGCAUAACGGACAGAAAGGGAAACCGGAAAAUAAAACAGCAUUCAGUGACUUUGAAAACAUAUACAGGUGAAACAGUUCCCACACUAGGGAUGGCAAAAGUAACUGUAACACAUAAAGACAAAGUCAAACAGUUGCCAGUCAUGGUGGUGGCAGGUAAUGGACCAAACCUGUUAGGCCGGGCGUGGCUAAAGGAGCUGGAAAUGGGCUGUCUACAGCUCCAUAAAGUAGAACAGCAUGUGCUGACCUUGCAAGAUGUGCUGGAGAACAACGAAGAAGUGUUCAAAGAGGAACUGGGUACCUGGAGGGGUACACCAGCAAAGAUACACGUCAAAGAAAACGCAACGCCAAGAUUUUACAAACCAAGACCCGUACCAUACGCAAUGAAGAAGAAAGUGGAGACUGAGUUGGAGCGACUCACCAAGCAAGGUAUAAUUGAACCAGUAAAGUUUUCGGAAUGGGCGGCACCCAUUGUUCCAGUAUUAAAGCCAGAUGAUACUGUACGCAUAUGUGGUGACUACAAGCUAACAGUGAACCAAGUUUCGAAGCUGGAGCAGUAUCCAAUACCAACGGUGGAGGAUGUAUUUGAAAAGCUGUCGGGAGGUGAAAAGUUUAGCAAACUGGACCUUAGUCAUGCAUAUCAACAAGUCGUUCUGGAGGAAGGGUCAAAGUCAUAUGUCACCCUUAACACACACAAAGGUUUGUUCCAAGUAAAUCGUUUACCCUUUGGUGUUUCCUCUAGUCCAGCUAUUUUCCAGAGAAUAAUGGAGGGACUGGUGGCAGGAAUUCCGAAGGUGGCUGUUUAUUUGGACGACAUCCUGUUGACGGGUAGGAACAACCGCGAGCAUCUGGAGACUCUGAACGAGGUGCUGAGGCGACUGCGAGAGGCUGGUCUGCGGGUGAAGCGGAGUAAAUGUGCUUUCAUGGAAAAGGAAGCAGAGUUCCUGGGUUACAAGGUGGAUGCAUCGGGCCUACACCCCCUGCCAAACAAGGUAAAAGCCAUCCAACAGGCACCUGCACCCACAAAUGUUACAGAGCUGAAGGCCUACUUAGGCUUACUCAACUAUUAUAACAGGUUCCUACCAAAUCUGUCAACGCUGUUAGCUCCUUUACAUAAACUAUUAAGGAAGGAGACCCUGUGGACGUGGCAGGAGGAACAGGACAGAGCGUUUGAGCAGUCCAAGGAACUAAUGCAGUCCUCAGAGGUUUUGGUGCACUACGAUAGUCACAAGGACUUAAUUCUGUCAUGUGAUGCCUCACCUUAUGGGUUAGGGGCCGUGUUGGCACACCGUAUGCCAGAUGGACAAGAAAGACCCAUCGGGUUCAUGUCACGAACCUUAACACCAGCGGAGUCAAACUAUUCCCAGCUAGACAAAGAGGGUUUGGGUAUUUUUGGAAUUAAGCGGUUCCACAAAUACCUCUAUGGCAGGAAGUUUACUGUUUGCACCGAUCAUAAGCCCUUGUUGUCACUGUUCAGCGAGAUGAAAGCCGUGCCUCAGAUGGUUUCUCCCCGCAUUCAGAGAUGGGCUGUAACAUUGAGAGCUUAUGAAUAUGAGAUUGUUUAUAAGCCCGGGAAACACCCUAGCAAUGCGGACGCGCUGAGCCGUCUGCCGCUACCGGGGCAUCUCAAGGAAGAGGAAACGGAGGACCGAGAACUGAGCGAAUGGACACGAAAAGACCCGGUGCUGGCUCGAGUGUUUCAGUGGGUCCAGCAAGGCUGGACAACACAACAAACUGAUCCAGUUUUUCAGCCCUAUGAGGUGAGGAAAACAGAGCUGAGUGUGCAAGAUGGAUGCGUGUUGUGGGGGGCACGAGUGAUAAUUCCGCCCCCAGGAAGACGUGCACUUUUACAACAGCUGCACCAGGGUCAUGUGGGCAUCACCCGAAUGAAGGCCUUAGCACGAAGUUAUUUCUGGUGGCCCAAGUUGGACCACGACAUUGAAGUCGCUGUGAAAGAGUGUAACACCUGUCAACAACAUCGCAACUCACCUGUGGCGGCACCACUACACCCAUGGGAGUGGCCGAGUAGACCUUGGCAGAGACUUCAUAUAGACUAUGCAGGGCCUUUUAUGGGGGCAAUGUUUUUGAUAAUAAUGGAUGCUCAUUCUAAAUGGAUGGAUGCCUACCCAGUCAAAAUAACCACUUCCACCACUACCAUUGAAUGCCUGAGGAAGAGUUUCAGUAGCCAAGGACUACCAGAGACUAUUGUAUCAGAUAAUGCUUCAUGUUUCAUGAGUGGAGAGUUCAAGGGUUUUCUGGAAAAAAAUGGCAUCGUACACGUCACAUCAGCACCAUACCAUGCGGCUUCAAAUGGCUGUGCUGAAAGGGCUGUCCAGACCUUUAAAGCAAUGAUGACAAAGGCCGGAGACGGAAGUAUGGCAGCAAAAGUGUCAAGGGUGUUAUUCAACUACCGCAUUACACCCCAGUCUACGACCGGAUUGUCACCUGCCGAGAUGUUGCAAGGACGGAGAUUAAGGUCAACAUUGGAUCUGGUGCAUCCAAACAUCCGAGCUAAGGUGGAGAGGACACAGUGGAGGCAAAAGAAUCAUGAUCGACGGAGAGAGAGAAGUUUCCUUGCGGGAGAUGCAGUGAUGACUCGAAACUUCAGCUAUGGACCUAAAUGGAUUCCAGGGUUCAUUGUCAAGAGCACAGGUCCACUGUCGUACCAGGUGAGGUUGAAUGGAGGUUUCUUGGUGAGGAGACAGGUGGACCAGAUUCUGCGGAGCGAACAGAAGAAGGACUUCAUGGAACUGCAAGCCCCGGAAAUACCAUUAGUUUCGGGAGAAGGGCUCGCAGCGGCAGGAGGAUCUCCGAUCCUGGGGCCCGAGGAAGACUGCCGGGACUCGGAAGGAGAGGUUCCCGAGGACCCAACCUUUCCAGGGAUGGACACACCUGUACCAGAGGUGGUAACUGUGACACCGGAGUCACCUAGUGUGGUACCAUUGCACCGUUCUAAGCGUGCACUGGUUAAACCUAGUUACUUGAAGGACUAUCAGUGUUAA